AUGGCUUCCUCACGAAAGAAAUCUAAGGCGACACCUGCUCGCACAGCGGGCGCUCCGCGCACACCUCCUCGUAGCCCAAAGUCUACUGCAGCACGACUAGAAGAGAUCGUCGUGUCAACAGGCUCCACUCCAGCCAGUGCCAAAGUAUCGGCUCAAGUAACACACGCGGUGCUUGGGACAGAGGGCAAAGAUCUUCGCAAGAAAUACCAACAGCGAUUGAACAACGAGAUGGUCGGCCACUGGGUACAGGUCAAGAAACGCGACUUCAUGACAGACCAUGUUCCUGGAGACGAACCAUCCGAAGAGGAACUUGCCGAGCUCAAAUCCGUAUGCUUCGACAAAAAGGUCUUCAAGGGUAAUGAUGAGAGUAAGAUGUAUACGAUAUUCUGCAAAGGCGCGAAAAAGGCCUUGGAUCUAUGCCCGGAGAGUGGCGAUAAGCUUGUUGCAAAAAACACCAGCCGGUAUCCUGAUCAAAACAACGACGACGAAGGAGGCAAGCACAGGCCAGAUGUAGUGCUGUAUCCAGCCGAAAAGACGGUGCAAGAUCGGUAUACAUUUACUACGAAAGAACUCAAGAAAAUCGCCGCGAAGGAGAAACAAGCCAGGGAGAAGGCGCACGGUGGGCAUACAUCUACUCAGCAGGAACUCAGUAGGCUCGACGCAGAGGAACGGAAGAAGUAUCUCGCAAGGACCGCUUGGGGCUGGGCAUCCUUGAUUGUCGAGUUCAAGGCGGCCAAUAGCGAUGGACACCCAUUUUCGACCUCUGUAUCGCCCGAUAAAUGGCUCCCUAAUACUGAACUUUCGGCCGAGACAAGAGGACAGAUCGCGGAUUAUGCGGCCACGGUCCUACGGUACCAGCCACGCUGCUUCUGCUUCAUGAUCGUGAUUUCCGGUUGCUCCGCUCGUCUGCUCCGAUGGGACCGCUGCGGCGCGAUCGUCUCCGAGCCGUUCGACUUUGUCGAGGACCCUGAACUAUUGAUGACUUUCUUGUACAAGUAUGGGCGGAUGAGCCAAGCCCAGCGUGGAUAUGAUCCGACGGUUCAGGAGGCCACACCCGCUGAAAUCAAGACGAUGAAGGAUUGGAAGAAGAAGGCGGUGAAAACUAAGCGUAUGUCGAAGUACCAUGCACAAUGCUUUGAGGCGGCAAUGGGAGAAGCUUGGCCGAUCUACAAAGUCAUUGUGCCCAAGGAGGAUGUGGUUUGUGAUGCAUCUCUCAGACCAAAGGACGCAGGAGAUUUGGAAAAAUCUCAUCAAGAACACGAAAUCUACAUUCGGUUGUGGCAAAAUGGUGUCCGCUACAUCGCGAGACCAGUCAGCGGCGGAGACGUGCGGUCCUCUCGAGAUUCCGACGAUAGUGUUCAGCGUACCCUCACGCAAAAAUAUAUCAAGGCGGCAGAUCCGAAGAGUGAGGCGGUGGGUCGCGUACACUAUCGCCUGAUUUGUGACCAAGUAUACCGCCCUCUGGAGACGUACAAGAAUGGUUUUGAGAUGACUGAGGUCUUGUGCUAUGCCAUCUUAGCACACAGAGACGCAUGGGAAAAGGCAGAUGUGCUUCACCGCGACAUCAGUGUGGGCAAUAUCUUGCUGGAAGACUACAUCGACGAGGAGGGAAAUCCCCAAGUUCGUGGGAUACUAAAUGACUGGGAUAUGGCGAAGUUGAGAGCCGAAUUAGGAGGGAAGCCGACUCAAGCGUCGCGUUCGGGCACUUGGCAAUUCAUGUCGGCAUUACUACUGAUGUACCCGGACCAGAAGCAGCACGAGCUCGCCGAUGACAUGGAAUCCUUUGUGCACCUUACCAACUGGCUCGUCCUCAAGUGGCACAAGCACAAGCUCACGGGUAAAAUGGCGCUGCUUUCCCACCAUAUCAACGUUGUAUAUGAUGCAUACUCCAAAUACGACAAGUUCGAUGUUGGAGGAGAUUCAAAGCUGGAGAAAAUGAGAUCCAAGGACGUGCCGUUCAAACCGGUUGCAAGCCCGGUUCUUCAGAAACUCACGAAAGACCUUGCCAAAUUCUGCUACGAGCAUCACGACGCCGUAAAGCUCGAAGUAGAGCGCAUGGAACAAGGACGCGAGGAAAUCCAAGUUUCCCCUCAUCAGACAUCCAGUGUGAACUCCGUCGGCCGGUACAAGAACCCCUUUGCUUCCGAACCCGGAGUGUACCUGGAGGAGUAUGUGGCGCUUGUCGAAGCGGACCAGGCCCCGGAACCAUCGAAACGCGUAAUGGACGAUCACGCUCACUUGUUUACUAUCUUUCAGCGUGCCUUGCUAAAGCACUCCGACUCGAGACUUGAACCAGACAAAACGCAAGAUCAAUUCAAGCCGUUCGCCGAUCCCUUUACAGGCGCACAGACACGGUAUGGCAGUAUGAAACGCGGGCCAGACCAUGACACAGAGGAUGAAGGUCCGUCGUCAAAGAGGGCCAAGGGGUCUGCGAAGAACGCCUAA